GACUUGUCUUUUUCAUUUUUUUCUUUUGCUUCUCUCGCCGGCUGCUACUCCUUUUUCUUUUAUUCACCAAACAUCUUCAUCUAUUUCAACCCAUCUUUUAACAUUUAAGCUUCUCCCAGUCAUUACUGGCCCCUUUUUUUCAUUUUUUUUUUUAUACUUCCCCAGAUCCACCCAAAACAGCAACCCACUUCCUUCAACUUUCAAGAUCUACUGCCGGCUGCACUCUCUUCCUUUGCUUGUCCAAAUCUGCACCCAUACUCAGUGGUCUCUAUCGAAAAUCUUCCUUCCCCCACAUGUAGCUGUCGGUUGACUCCCUUUUGCUCUUUAUUUACAAAAAUUUGCUUCGCUUAUGUCUGGUGGACCCUACCGGUCAUCUUCCUUGUCCGUGUGACUGCCGGCUAACUCCUUUCUCUUUUUUUUUUUUUAUUUUUUUUAUUUUUUAUGUGCAGAUCUGCUUGGCUUGUGUCCGGUGGCCCAGUACUGAACAGCCUUCCCUUGCCAAAAUUAUUUCCAUGGCUCGUGAUUGAGAAGAACAAUCCAUGCCAACCAGAUCUGCUUCCAUGGUCGGUUCAAAGGUCACUCAUUGCUUAAAAUCACCCCCACCAGAUUUGGUUAUACUCUUUCAAAACCAAAAUCUUCAAGAUGAUGUGAACCGGGUACUCCAGCAACAAAAACCAUGCCAUUCAAAUCAAAAUUUCGUACCUCAUAAAAAAUCUCAGAUUUUGGGUCUUUAUUUUGUGUUUCAUCUGCCAGCCUCUCUUGCCUCCAUUUACCCACAACCCAAAGAACAUCUUCUCUCUUUUCAGGUAAAACCUGACUGGAAUAAAUGGAUUAGCUCUUUUGGAGCUUGGCCAGUUUGGAGGAAAUCAGAAUGGGUGGACUGGAUUGAUCGUCUGGAACUUGAUUUUGGCUAAAUUUGGAAAGAUGUGGGUUUAUUUGAAUUUAUACAACUCACCAAAUGCAGAUUCACUAUGGAUAAGCUGGUCUUGGGUUUGGCUUUGUUAUUUUGGUUUGGCUCUUUCAACUGUUUCAUUUUCUCUAUGGAGCCAUGUUUGUGAGCCUUUUUUAUGUCAGUUCGUUAACUGGAUUGCCCUGCACUAGAGAAAAAAUUUCAGCACUAUUGACCUUGCCUCCAGGUGUUGAGUACAAUGCAGAGUUGAAGUCCUCUUAUCCAGUUUUUAUGAGGUCUACCUAUGAUAAAAGUAAGCCUGUCAAUGCUGAUGAGCAUAUUUUAUUUCUGCUUAUUUUGAUUUGCAAAUAUAUAGUCUGCUCUGCUGGUAAAGGUCCCUUUAAAGAGUUUAUUCCUUUAGCUGCUGCUUUAGCGUAUGAUAGACAAAUGGCUGUGGGUCCUUUUUUGCUUGCUCAUUUGUACAGGAGUUGCCAAGAUAUCACAGCACACCCCUUAGUCAUUAGUGGUGGGCCGCUUUAGAUUUUACAGUUGUGGUUGUAUUCUUAUUUUUUGGCACUCGCUCUUGUCUUAUCUGCUGUUCCAGCCCGGGAUCUGCUCACUUACGUCUUUAUGUUUAAGAAUGUCGUGGAGAACAAGAGAAGCUUUGAAGAGUGCCUCAAGUUUUUUGCUUCUCUUUCUAUCGAUAGACUUGAUGCAGACUUUGUUGUGUUUCUAGGCAGAUCUCACGGUCCUUCAUGGUACGGGGCUGAUGUCAAAUCCCCAGAUUUUCGAGCAUUUUGGUCUGUUUGUGUGACCUCCCGAGAUCUGUUUGUUGGCUGUAGUUUGAACACUCUCAACUCCAGAUGCGGCAUGGAGCUCUAUGCAC